AUUUUGGUGCGAGAAGCGGGCAAGUUCAAGAUGGAUAAGGUUUGCCUCUAUGGGGUUUAACAAAGGGUCCGGUGAGGUGGACCGUGUUUUCGGUUUUCUCUUGAUGGAAUAUGGAAAAAGCUAACCCGUUUCCUUCGGAAAGAGUGGAUGCACUCGGGAAAAAUCCAGAAAACAUCAAGACUCUACGCUUCGAGCUUUCCCUUACGGAAAGCGACGAGAAAAAGUGCCCGGAGUUUUCGUUUCUGGACCUUGUAAAGGCCGCUACGGUGGGUAAUACUUUAGUGUACUAAGUCUCCUCUUAACAGCUGAAGCCAUUUUAUCAGCGAGUCACGUCGAUGCAUUGCUGUUUUUGUCGCCGGAGUACAUGAUACUGAUUUUUAAUUCGCGGGAUUUUUUUUCGUUCUUGCGCAGAUCAAUAAUACCCCGGAGAAAACUCCGUGGGACGAUGAGGGAAAAGAAGACGAAAAACUCAAAGCUUUGGCUAAAAAGUUUGAGGAGAAAUAUGUAAGUUUUGCAGCUUGGUGAGGUGAAAAUGUAUUUUUGACUAGUACGUUAGAUUCCUUAGAAACCGCAGUUCUGUGAAGCCGUGCAAAAUGUAAUGCGUGAUGUUAUGUCCUUCUAGUGUUUUGGACCGUAGUCCUGAAACGCGUUGCUUUUUUUUUUUUUUUUUUUUUCAACAGGCCCCUAAACCAAAGAAGCGUAGAAAAGAUCGAGUGGAGGUAAAUCAAAAUUCGUGUCAUCUGCUCAUUGAUGUAGUGUGUUGUUUCGUACGUUUGUGCACUACCGCGAGAGUUACGCUCCUUUGCAAUUUCACUCGUUAGUUCGUGUGUAUUUCAUUUGCGCUGCUACAAAGAUUAAAACGACACUAAUUGCUUGUGACUUUAGAGGGUUUUUUAUUGGGCUAAACCAGUGUGUUAUGAGGGCGUAAUGAUACGACAGUCGUGAACGUAAAAUCAAAAUAAUUCGAGCCACUUGUUUUGAGUAGCGCUUACGCUACUCUACUUAUUUAUUGUCUGUUUGACAUGACCUUGUUUUUGUUCCAAUUGCCUUUUCGAAGAUCUUAAAACGUUUUUGACUUCAGCUCUUUUGUUUAGAGAACAUUGAAAUCCUUAAAAGCAUGAUUUCUUUAUUGUAUUUUCUUGUAUACCAGUUAUAAUGUGCAGUUAAUUUGUGAUAUUAAUACAUCGCGAGAGUUUAGCGUUAUUUACAAAGUUGUUCGCUUCUGUUAAACACGCUACCGGCUAAAAUCGAGAUUGUUGCUUGUGCGUAAAGAUUUUUCCCAUUAAAUCGUGGAUCUUACCUAUAUUGAAUGUAAUGACAAAUUUAAGUCUCAAUAUUUGCAGGUUUUUAUUUUUCCUUUAAUCGAACUCUAAGAUCACAGUUGAUUUCCAUCGAACAGGAAAUAGUGAAGGGUUCCUAAAUUCUGUUUCCGGUUACUUUAUUUAACAAUCUGAUCGAUGGAAUAAGAACCGCGAGAACGUUGAUUCUCUGCUAUAGGUUUCAUUUUCGUUCAUCUUGUUACGAUAUUCAACAAUAUCAACUAUCAACCCUGACUAUUUGGUACCAUUUUUAAAAAUACAUAGUUAUUUAACUUGUGUUGCAAUGCAACUCUCUUCUUUGCAACCACGUACAAGGUGCACAGCUUUUGUGUUCUUAUAAAUUGACUUAAUCAAAGGGUCACUCCGAAACCAGGCCAAAUGUGACUUGCACAGCUUGAGUUGAUUCUAUUUCUGUGUUGUGAAUCAACUGGUAACUCUCAUUGCUACUACCUCUUGAUGUGAUGUAAUUUCAUUGAAGUCAACCUCUUAAUUGUUACUGAUCAUGUCAGUGCUGUCCACAUUGUUAAUUUCCGUGUCAGUUAUUUUAUAUUGGGAGUCUCAGUACCCUUGGUUAGUGUGCUGGUGGUCUCUGUAUUUUGUCAAAUUCUUAGCAGGUCUUCAGGUGUUAGGGAACAACACAUUUCUCAAGUGAUCUCUAGGGAUGUUCUAAUAGCCAGUGCUAGCGGGCAAAGAUUAAGAUUGAUUUCAGAUCAUGACAGUUAUUUCACUGCUUUGACUAAUUAAAGUAGCAGAGGAUUCAGAUGUAGAUAGUGAACAGAAAUGCAUGCUGUCAGUGCUUCUUAAGAGUGCUGCAAUUUACCUCUCUAGACCAAUGGAGACAACUACUUUCAAACUACACCAAUCUUACAAUCUUGCUCUAGAUCUGACACUAAUAAACUCCUACACUGAUUGGAAUGUGUAAUGGGAAACAACAUGACGUUGCAAAUAUUUUUCUAGAGCAUGAUGUUAUUCACACACACCUUUUUCACCUCUUUGGUGGUUCAAGUUAAUUUUUAUGUUUUGGUCUAAUUCUGCCAUGGUAAACAAUUAAAGAAAGGUUUACUUCAAGCAAGGAUCACAGUUUAAAUGACCCCCCCCCCCCUUAAAGACACUUCAAAUAAGCAUGGUAUAGCUGCUUUAAAUAUUAGGGUUGUCAAAAUAUACUGGCAACAGUGGCAUUUCACUGUCUACUCUGAGCUCAAUUUUUCAGCUUGAAAGCAUGGCAUUAAUGGAAAUAAAACUAUGUAGUACUGAUUACCUUGUAUCACAGUCUAGUUACUAAAAAUCUUAAUAAAACAACCCUGAAUGUAUUUGUGCCAGAUCUAGAAUAAAUAAAGAGCCAAUUGUUGCUUUAAUUUACCAGAUCAUUGGAACUCCAGGACCCUGUUAAUGUUCUUCUCAUGAUGUUUUCAUUGUCUUUAUUUUAUAGGAUUUGAUUGAUGUCACUUAUGGUUAUGAUGAGACAGACCCUUUUGUUGAUGAUACUGAGGCUGUGAGUGACUCUUAGAACUUUUGGAUAUUUUGCUUAAAAUGGGAUUGUUACAGUGUGUUGUUACUCUUGCUUAUAAUUAUAAUUCUGAUCUUGUGGUCUGUUUGUUCAAGUGGAAGUAUUCUUGAAAAGAACUAUAUUUAAGAACGGUGACUUAUUUCAUUAAAACUUUAGAAGAAGUUGUUAGUGUUCAUUGAGAAAGAUUUCUUCUCAGGUCAAAGCAUCAGCUUUUGUCAUUGUUAAUAGCACUUUCCAAGACAACUUUCACUCGCAUAGUUAGACUUCAUGAUCAAGUUUUAGCUCUGGACUCAAACGAUUUACUUUCAUCUACAUUUGUCAACCCUUUCUUUACCAGAUCUCCAUUAUUUAGUUCUUCUGAUGUUAGUUCAGAGAAUUUAGUAGUGGGUCUUCUAAUAAUCCUGUAAUUGGCAUUUCUUUAUUCUCAUCACUUGUCCACUUAAUAUUGUACUGACAGUAGAAAGAGAAGUUCUGUUUUGUUUGCUCAUAGGAGUUAAGGGUUGAAAAUUAGUGGAAAUCAGGUGUUGCUAUGACACGGGUCAAGUAUAUGAGUAUGUUACUUGAGGUUCACUUGAUUUUGUACCCUAUAGUCAGUGCACAGCUCUGAAGAAUUAUCAGAUCUACUUUUGAGUAUAUGUACUCCAGGAACUGGUACAUUGUAUAUCACUGUGCUUUUUUCAUCUUUUUUUAAAUAAAGCUUUUAACUACCUACAAGAGUUUGUUGGACAAUAGUGCUGUAGAUAAAGAUCAAGGCUUUUCGGAUGGCACUGAUUAGUUUCUCUAAAUAUGUACAAUCCAUGUGAUUUUACUGUUCUCAGAUUUUUGAAGAGCUGUAGAUUUUUAAUUUGUCUUGUUCAUCGUUUAGUAUGAUGAGCUGCUACCAGCUGAUUGGACAACAGAGCAUGGUGGCUUCUACAUCAACCAGGGUACACUGAACUUCAGACCUGUGUCCCCAGGAGGUGAAAGGUACAUAUCUAGCUGUUAAGUGUGGUGUGUUUGAUGUCAGUCAUAAUGGUCCAAGUUAUGACCAUUUUGACCUUUGUGGCAAGAAGGAAAAAUUUGGCAACAAGAUUUUCAAUAAAAGCCACAGAUUUGUUGACUUGUGUUUGAUGGUACUGCAACAUGAAUACUAAUGUUGUUGUGCUUUGAAUUUCAGUGAUGAUGAGGACUUUAAGAAAGUGAAGAAGGUUAAGCUUAAAUCUCCCAAGGUAGUAAUUUCUAUUACUAAUUACCCCUGUAUGGCUCACAUUUUCAACAUAAUUUGGUGCUACUUUACUGCUGAGCCUUAUAGAGAACUCAAUUAGAAGCUAGGCCAUACACUGGGUUUAUGAUCUGUAAUGUCAAAAGUGAUGGAUGUGAAAGAAAAAGAUGGAAAAUUUUAUGCUUAUUAUUUGAAUUAAAAAAAAAAGGAAAAAAAAAAUUGUGAUUUCAUAGGUGUGGGGGAAAAAAUCUUAUUCCUCCAAGAUGGCACAGACGUUUCUUGUGAUUGAUGGAGAUCCUUUUUUUUUUUUUUUUUUUCAGAAAAUUCCUAAAGUGCCUAAAGUCAAGAAAGUCAAGAUCCCAAGUGAAAAGAAGGAAAGGAAGAAAUCGGACAAAGAAAAGAAGCCACGGAAGAGCUCAAGGUACAUGUACUGUCAGAUGUAAAUAUACUGCCACCUCAAAUUUUUGUGUCAGAAUGGAUUAUUCUUUACUCUGUUUCUUGUAAUUGUUUUAGUUUUACAUUCACAGCCAGACUUUCCUUCCUCUCUGUUAAUGCAGUAUUCUUAGCUUUGAUUGGUUGUAUCUUUUUAUACUUUUGAGGUCUGGUUGAUAUAGUGGUCACUAGUCUUUAUUCCUCUAAAGAACCUCAUCUCUUUGUUGUGCAAUUACCUUUCAAACCAGCGCUAUCACAUAGCACCUUUCACGAACUGAAGUAAGGAAGAGUUAACAGUGAAGUGGGCAUUGAAUUGAUCAAUCCAUAAGUUUAGGAAAGCUACUCUCUUUUUUGGGAAACUUCUUUAGAAUUGUUUUUAGUCAAUGGUUUUGUUUUUCACAGCUGUAAUGGUAUGAUUGCAGUCAGUCUGUUAAUUGUCAUUUUUGUAAUUUGAAUUCUUUUAGUGGCGAGAAGGAAAAAGAGAAGAAACCCAAAAAGAAGCAUAGUAUUGGGAGUACAAACAAUUCAAACAAUUCAUCUUCUUCUUCCACUGCAAAAACUUCUCUGACUUUAACAACUGCCUCUUUGAAUUCUUCUACAACACCUAGUUUGAUUUCACAAGGAACAAAUGGUGCAGUGACAAACCAUUUAUCGCCAGAAAAAUUACCAAAUGCUCCACAAGUCAGCAAUCAUGGAGCUGUUAAAACUGAACCAGGCACUUCUACUUUGGUGAAUGGCAACAGCAAUGUUGCAUUGACAGAAAACACAGGAAGUGCACCACCUGAUAAAGGUGUUAGUUCCUCACCUUCUUCUCUGCUUCAAAAUGGAAUCCAGCCAGCAAUUGCCACCUCAGGAGAGGUGACAGAACCAAAUCUUCCUCAGUGUUUGCCGACAGAUGUUGAAAGUUGCAUCUUGAAAUUAAAGCAAGCAGGUAGUGGCAGUAUGGAAGGGAAAUGCAAGUUUUUCAACUCUGAUGUCAACCAUAUGUUGCUUGAGUAAGUAUACUUUUGUUUGGUACUAAUUGCUCUUUUUAAAUGUUGCUAACCUCCCUUUGAAUGAGAUAUACAGUAUAAUCACCUGGAAAAGUGGGAUGCGUUUACUUGUUAUAAUUGUAACUUUGAGGCUUUACUUCUUUUGCUAUUGUUUUGCUUUGCUAGACUCUUAAAUAACAACAACAGCAGCAGCAGGAAAUUGUUUAAAUAUGUGUAAGCAACGACUAAAAUAUUGUAUGUCACAGGGAAGAUAUGGAAUACUACAAUGUGUAUUGAGUCCUUUAAAUAAUUGUUUUUGCUUUCAUCUCCUCUAUAGACUUGCCACCAAAUCUGUAACUCUCAGCAGUAAAGUUCGAACGGUAAGGAAUGAUCGAAAUCACGUGUGUGCUUAUUUAUACAUGGUUUAUUGAAUCAUUGGUGGAGGGAUAAUGUAGAUUGCAAAUUGACAGUUAACCUGUGUGGUAAUGUUGAAUACAUAGGUAUGUCCUCUGAAAAAAGUUAAUUCAACACUUGGGCCAGGUGGUGUCCACUUUGGAAGCAGCUGGGAGUAUUGCUUCACUAGUUUACAUAUUGCAUCCCCUUUCCCCUUCUGUGACAUUUCCUUGUUACUCAUCUAUACUGGAGAGAGGCUCUGUGAGAGUGAACUGUCUUGCGCAAGAAAACAAUACAAUUACCUGGCCAGGUUUAGCCUACAGUGCAGGUGUCUUAUUAGGGCAAGCUAAUGUUAAGAAUCUGGCGAUCAUCUAUUCAACUGGCCAUGUUUGAUUUGGAGAUAGAGGCAGUUGUGGGGAGAGGGGGAGGGGGAGGGGGAGGGGAAGGGCAAAAGAGUGGCAGACCUUUUGAAUAGGAGUCCAGUUUGUCUCCCAUUCUGUACUUUGUAAGGGAUUAAUUUUGUCAACUUAAAGAAGAACUAAUUUGAAAAUUUCACUUCAAUUGCAGGGAAUUUAUGAAUUUUUAGCUUUCUAUCUGCCAUGUACAAAGGAAACUUUGGUAAAGAGAGCAAAGAACCUUCUGCUUAAUGAUCAGGUAAUGCAGUGUGAGUCGGUGCCACUUUUCCAUUUACAUUGUAUUGGUAGUCAAAUUAUUUAUUGGUUAGGAGGUUGUUUCAAAAGUCUAGACUGUUAUUGACUAGUGAACCAUAAUUCUCUGUUUUGUUCAGGCUGGGCGAUUGAGGGAGCCAAUGGCAAAACUCAAAGCAGGUAGGCCAUAAAAUUUAUCUCUUAAACAUUACAUGCCACCAUUGGUAGUUUUCUGAGGUAGAAAUGUAAAAUGCUCACCAAGUUGCUGGGUUUAUUGAUGGCAAUGUAGUGAUUAGAAGAGUUGUUUGAAGCAUGGGACAUGUUUGUGUUUGCAAUUGCUUCAGAAGUGUAGAUAUAUGUAAUGACUGCAAGAUUUUUGGAAUGAAAAAAGUUUUUAUUGAUACCUUUCUGAUCUGGUCUUCUCAGCUGUGGAUCGUGUCAUACCAGAACAAACUAAGAGAUUUGAAGAAGAAGUAAAAAAACAUGUGGAGGAAGAAAGUAAAAAACAAAGGUAAGUUAAAUGUACCUGGCUUGCCACUGAAGGAAAAUGCUCUCAAGUUUUUUCUGACUUGUGAUUCUUCUCCAUGGCCAGUCAGUCCUUUCUGGGUGAAGUUUUAGUAUAAUCUGUUUUUCUCUUAUCUUUCCCUUAGCAGUGCCAAACAAGAUGGAGAGAAUUCAGAAGAUCACAAGGUAGAGAGAUAUAUUAAGAGAGGUGGUAAAUUUGGAGCUUAGUUCUUGAAUGAAGAAAGAUGUUUUAAGAACAUUUGAUCUGCUACAAGUUGUGUUGGUGGAAGGGAAAAAAAAGGUCCCAUGAGAGGGGGCUUGGGCUUUUUCCUCUCUUCUGUGACAAGCACAAAUCAUCUUUCGUGGGUAUAAUGAUAAUUGUUAGUGGUACUGUCUUUCAAGAUCUUACCUCCUUCCUUUAGUUGAUGGAGAAUAAGCUUGAAUGAAAUUUUUCUUUUGGGUUCACACUAAAAAUUUAUCAUUUUAUUUAAGAUAUCAAAUGGCCAUACUGUAGCUCUGUUGAGAAGAAAGGGUAGCAAGAAUAUUUUAAUUAUUUCAUUUAAGAGUAUGUAAAAAAGCAACUUUAUGAACUUGAUGACAACCUUGAAAUAUUGCUCUGGAUUUUGAUCAGAACAUCUACUAAUCCUUAGUAUUGUGACAUCUUUUAUUGCAGAAGGAACUUUUCAAAUCUGCUAUGGAGCUAGUUGAAGAUACAGAGAAAAAUGAUGAAAUCACCACUCCUACAGAUCCUAAUGUAGGUUUAACUAUUUGUAAAUCACUUUCCACUUUUGCUAGUACCCGAGUUCUUGAAAAUUUUAUUCCCCAUGUUUAUGAACUGGUGUAAAUUUAGGCUGAAUUUCCAUUUUGGGAACAAAAUUAAAUUCAUGAAAAUUAAUUUUUGUUACCCUAGUGAUCCAACAGGCAAGACUGAUGAUAGUUUAGCUGUGAAGAAUUGAAUUUUUUUUCCCUUUGAUUGAAGGCACCUGCCCAGCCAGAGGACAAAGCAAAGAAGAACGUUCCAAAGCGCAAAUUUAUUUGGACAGAAGAAUUAAGGUAUAUAUGAAGUCAUGCAAUUUACUACUACACAUAAUUUUCAUUUGUUGCACAAUGAUAAAUGCUUUGCUGAGAAUAGUUAUCUUGUUCCUUUUGACAUUGAUUUUGUCAGUGGACUCUUAGUACAUAGGAAUUUUGAUCUGUUAACUUAAAACUUUCUCUCAAUCAGGACUCUUCUAUGUGAUGUUGUUCAAAUGAAAAUCAAAAUUUUUGAAAUGUCAAAGACUAGAACUCAAUCUGCUGAGGAACAGUUGAAGGUAACAUAUGCACAUUAUUUGAUUGUAUGCAGAUUCUUUGCUAGUUAACCCUUUACUCACCAAGACAGAAUUUCUCCUUACAAUUUCAAUACCAUAUCAAGCAAACAAGUGAUGAGAGUAAAGAAAAAUAUCAACUAGGGGAUUACAAGUUGAUCCAAUAUCAAAUUCUCCAAUCUAACAUCACAAGAACUGUAUCACAGACAGUAAAGAGAAUUACUAAUGAGAUCUUGGGAAUUGAAGGGUUAAAUAAGUAAUAUUUUUCUGAGCUUUACAAAGGGGGGGGGAGAAAACUAUGUGCAUUGAGCAAACUUUCUGUAUGUAUUCUAUGUCAGACCAUUGAGUAAAAGUUUUUUUAUAAUUCUAGGAUUAUGUCGUUAUCUUGUAUUUUGGCUUCGAAAAACAUCUACGACCUUACUAAGGGUUACAUUAGUUGCAUGUCCAUUGUUAAGAUGCAUAAAAGUUCCAAGUUUUCUCUUUUUUUAAAUUUCCACCAGGUUAUGGAUUUUUUGUUCUUAUAAUAUGAAAUUUUCUUAUAGCUAUUCUUUGAAAAUGAUGUACGGCCACUGUGGCCAAAGGGCUGGAUGACAAGCAGGUUGGCACUUGAUCCAUACUUGCUGAAUUAAUACAUAAAUUUUGUUGAUCUAGGCCCAGUUGAUCAAAGGGUAUAUAUUGCUUUUCAAUGGAUAAAUCCCUAUUCAGCAGACAAAUGUCCACAGCAAAGCAUUUGCUUCCCAAGGCAUAGAAUUUAUGGGGUGUAUAGCAUUCUCCACCCUUGUAACAACUGGGGCUUGAUAAGAGAUCAUUCUUCUAGGUGCUUCAACAAUCAUCAUUUACUGUAACGUAACUAAGGUCCAGUUCAGAAGUUGUGCUUCUGCUGUGCCGAACUUUAUUGAAAUUAGGUUCAACUAUAGCACAGCGGAAGCACGACUCUAAUUCAGAUGUUGGGUUAAUGUUGUGCAAAAUUUAGCUUUUACUGAAGCACCCUAGGAGCAUAUUCCAUAAAGGAGAAUUAUUUUCCUGACUCUUCUGUGUUGACACAGUCCUGCUGAUAUAAUGUUUGAAUUUUGUUUGGCACAGCAGGGGUAUGAUGUCUGAAUCACUGCCGUGCCAGAGUUGUGUAGCAUGUCAGAGCUUGUUGAACUUAAUUGCUUUGCCGAACUUAAUAAGAAAGUUUGAUUUCGUCAAACUUAAUUCUUGAAUUAAGUUCAGCAAAGCAGAAGCAUGACAUCUGAACUGGGCCUAAUGCUUUUUUCUGCAAGAUUAGAAUAUUACAUCUUAUUACAUCUUAUUUUCUUCUAUGUUUGUUUCUCUCAGAAUUCUCCUCAAAGAAAGCAAGCAGGCACAUUUCAAGUACACCCAUCCUCCGUAAGAGAAACGUUUUUAUUCAUAAGGCAUUUAUUGAUUACAAUGAAUUGAAAUAAUUAUGAUGUUCAAACUUAAUGUUUUUAUUUCUCCUUUCAGAGCUAAAGCCCCUAAGAAAGGUAAGAUUUGUCAUAAGGUAUUUCAAGUGCAAUUUUUAUGUGGUUAAACUAGAACCAAAAUAUUACUAAAGCCAGUGAGAACUGAAACAAAAAAUUCAAUGAAAAUUCUUGGAGCAUAUGAGAAUUAGAGCAAUAAAGUUGUAAUUUGUCCUUUUUGCUUUUGUUUUCUGAUUGUUUGGUUUGGGAGAAAAUGUCAAAGCUGAUCAAAGAGUGUGAAGAAGCAAAACUAGUGCAGUCCCAGUUUACUUUCAACUCUCAAUUGGAUUAUUUUGAAAUGAAAGGUAUUUUUAACUCUUCUCUGACUCCCUGUCAAAACGUCUAUAUUGUUUAGUAUAGGGUACUUUUACCAGUAUUUGUUUUCCUCUCGAGUAAAACUUGGACAGGCUUUUGACCUUGAUUACAUUCCUCUCCAUAGCUCCUGGCCCCAAGAAACAAGGAGACUCUCCAGAUGCUCACCAGAGUGUUAGUCUCCCCAGUCAAACCAGUCAGGUCAGUAUAUAUUAUCAUUGACUUCCUCACUCAUGGCAGUGAAAUCAAACCUUAAAUCGAGUCUGUGGACUUACAUCUACCGGUAAUCUUGGAAUCAGAGGCAGAAGUACUUAGAACAUGGAAUAAAAUGAAUUUACAAGCUGAUUGUGUAUUGAUUUUUUUCUGACUAUUGUAUUGAGAUGUACUGUUGUGUCUUGUAGAAUUCUGGCAGCACUGAUGUUAAGGGCAUGCCAAGUGUUGCUUCCUCAGUAGUGGGCAUUGGAAGUCCUCCUGCGAUCACAUCACCAGCACGUGCACCAUCUCUGACUGCAACCACAGCAGCAACGGCUUUGUCAGUUUUGAAGAAUCUUGCACAGUCAGACCGGAUAAUCACUGAUAUGGCAGCCCCUACGUCUGUGUUAACGGUGCAAAAACCUGUUGUUACUACUGCUAGUGUGACAAAAAUGGAAAGCACUGCUGUGAGCAGAUCAGGACCUGAACAGAAAACCCAAGUUGCACUAGCAGUUGCAGGAUUAAAUCUUCCACUGAAGGAGUCUGCCAUAAAAUUGCCAUCAUCAUCAGACAGCCUUCAGUCAAAGCCUGCUCUCACUAUAUUAGACUUUGCAGAUAUGAUUCAUCCAGAGGGACAAGCAGUUACAACAAAACCUCUCCAACCUCCACAGACAAUACCUCCAAAGCAACAGUCAGGUUCAUUCCUAAGCAAAACCCCUGCAUCACCUAAGGAGAAGCCUCGAGAUCAACCCUUAACUCAUUUGCCUAGUUCUGUAGUCACAUCAACAAUUUCAGUCCCAGUUCAGUCUUCCACAAUUUCACCUGCACGCACUCAAAUUGCCAUGUCUUCCCCACCAAAGAUUAUUCGCUCCUCACCUGCUGUUGUUCAGAGUUCCAGUGUAAGUCAGUCAGGAUUAAUUGCGUCAACUGUUGGUGGCCUUGCUGCUCAAGGUUUGCCUAACAACUUUAUUGACCUGGCAUCAUCACUGAGGCAGCAACAAACCCCAGUCUCCUUGGCCACAUCAAGUCCAACAAUUUUGGAUGCUGUUUCUACAAGAAGGUAAGUAGCUGUGACUGAUUGUGCAUUUGUUGGUGCAGUGUUAUGAAAUCGUCCCCUUCAAUUUUUGUCAAGUAUUACCAUUUUAGAUACAAGUGGGAAUUUGGAGUGAAUCAGUGGCCUGUGAAUGAUGGUAACAGUUACUGUGCUAGAGAGGCCUGUGCCACUGACCUAGCUACUUCAUUGGGUUGUGUUCUUGGGCAAUACACUAAACCCUUUAACUCCCAAGAUCUAAUUGCUAAUUCUCCCCCCUAGCUGUUACAUAUUUCCUUGUAAAUUAAUUACAAGAAUCUGGUGUUAGAUCAGGAUAACAACUUCUUCCUGAUAAGUUUGAGAAUUCUCAUUUCUUGUCUGCUGAAUAAUGAAAAGGUUGUUAAAAGGAGAUGUUACAUGUUAAUCACUUCUGGGAUUGAAAGGGUUAACUCUCACAUUGCUAUCUCCACCAAGGAGUACAAAGGGUUACUGGAGAACUGUAUGUGAAAGCCAAUGGAAAGCUUGGGUAGGGGUAACCUUGCAAUAGACUGGCAUCCCAGUCAGAGGAAGUAGCAAUACUCUUAGUGACUUUGUGUUCCAGAAUGCAUGAUAAGCUAUGACUGGGUGAGCCAACUAGCUCCAGCCCAGGCACUUUUAUUGUGCAGACAGGCUACCUUGUUUUGUCAUUUGGCAAAAUACUUACUCCAAUAUUGCCUUUCCACCCAGGAGUUCAAAUCUAUAGCAGCAAAUUUUCAGAGAAACUUAAAAAGUUUCUGGAAGGGAGGGAAGGGCAUGGAAGGAAGAGGAGUGACAGGGUUACCUGUGACGGAAUAGUAUCAUGUUUAGAACAGUUAGCAGUGUACCAGGACAGUUCAUGUAAUGGAAAUCAGGAUGAGCUCUGUCCAGCAGUUACCCUAAACCUUUAUUUCAAUGGUUAUUUUAAUUGGCAAUUUUUUUCCAUCAUGUUUACAGACCAGAUCUCAAGAGCUGCCAGGCAGUCCAUCCAGGUUUUAACCCAGGUCUGUCAACUCAACCCAUCGCAACCAUUCCUUCACAAGUGCUCCUUCAACCUCAGCCUCCCAACCUCACCUUGUUCAAUGCUGCAGCUGCCAAUCUCCAAGGCAAGGGCACCACACCUCUAACCCACAUUGGAUUUGUGGCACCCAAUCUGCAGUCAGCCAUGCUGAACCACUUGUCACGACAGUCGCAGGAACAAUCUGGCCUGUCUCUGCAACAGAAUCACUUCAAUCAAGGUACUGUUACUUCCUAAAUGUCUUAUUGCAGAUAGUAGAAGUGGUGCCUUUGACUGAUGUUUUAAUUCUCUAACUCUAAAGAUCUGACUGUCAAUUCUCCCUUCUUGUUGCUGCAAAUUUUCUUUUAAAUUUGUUGCAAGGAAUUUGUUGUAUGAUCAAGAUAACAACUUCUACCUGAUAAGAGAAUGAGUAUUCUCAUUAAUUGUUUUUGUUUAGAUAUUACUGGGAGAAGUUACAUGUUAAUAUAACUUCUGGAGGGUUAAGUGUUUAGAAGAGGUUUUUCAUCCAUCAUUUCUGGGACAUGAAAGGAAUAGUAUGGUUUGGAAACAGUAUACUUUUUUAUUUAACCCCAUCAGUAAAAGGGAUAAUUAAAGAUUUCAUACUUACCGAGUGAUCAAGUGGUGGGAUCAUUGUAAUUGAAUUUUGUAAAGAUUAAUUAAGGAAGUGACAAGUUUGCACAGAAACAGUGCUGUUACGUCAAUAAUAUGAAGUUGAAAAAGGGAAAUUAACUGCUAAAGAUAAUUUAGAUGAAGAUCUAAAAUCAUUUACCUAUUGGUUUAAAUUUCCACAGUUCUUUUGGGGAUGACCCCAACAACCAAUCAGAACUUGCCUGCUUUACAGCUUUCCCAUGGUGCCUUGGUACCCAAUCAGCCCAUCUAUCAAGGUAUUUUGCAUCACUUUGUGGGAUAUCCAUGAAUUUUUCCUUUUCCUCUCAUUCCCAAGAGGAAACACUUGCCUGUUUUACUGAUGUUACAGUCAAAUCAUGAUUAUAAGGACCUUGCUAUCAUUAGGAUCUUUAAAUUAAUUGAACUCUCUUCUGUGGUCCCACUCUUUUAUGAAUAUUAACUAACAGCAUUCACGGUGGCAGUUUGAAACAAAUUGAUUAAUGUCUGCUUGUUAGGUGGAUGUAAAGCAUUGUCGAUGAGCCUUAACAGUCUUUUGUGAACACUUUUGACAAUGUUUACUAGUUAUGCACAAUGAUUUGAGAAUUUGCUCUAAUGCUUGCAUGAUAUUGAUACAUAUUCUCUUCUAAGUUAUUCAGUUUUAAUUUUUGACUCAUUUAUAUUUAUAUUUUUAAUGAUUUGGACUCUCAAUUAUCAAACUAUUCACCCCAGUCACCACAAGUCCAGAUAAUCAAGGUUCGAGACCAUAAAUGCUUAGUUCAAUUAAAUCACUUUCUUUUGUUUCUUAACUAAGUUUAAAGAUUACAAUUUUGUACAUGAAAUAUUAAUAAUUCAAAGGAAAUGAUGACAGCAAAAUUGAAUCAAGUUUGAGUUUAAUUUGAUUGUUUUAAAUCUAAAAAUUUUAGUUUUGUGUGUGAUAAGUGAUAUGUGUAGGAGUCACAGAAAGUCUGAAAACUUUGUUUCCAAGACUCCAUACACACUGCACAUUUCCUUCACAGCUGUUUUUUGGGGUGUGGCCACAUUACAUGACAUCUCAAAGAAUGGGGCAGCGAGGGAGAAAAACACACAACUGAAGAACUUCAGAAUUCUCCUCUUCCAUCAGAGUCUAAAAUUUGUUUCGUACACCUUUUUAAAAAGAAUUAACUGACUUUCUUUUUUCUUUUAGAUCCAAAUCAAUCUUCCUCAAGUGGAACUCACUCAUCACCAUUCUUGCCUCGCUUCAGCUAAUUUGUAAUAUUAACAGAUGCACAGAAUUCCUUGUACAGAUUUUUCACAUUUCUACCUAUUUUAUACAUGAAUGCAAUGGCAUUGUGACUAUCAUAGAUAAAAAGGGACUUUUUCCAGAAAUAUAAGUAUAUUGUAAUAAUGAUAAUAUUGGUGUCAUUAAUGGUCGAGUAGGAUUAAUAGGUUUGCAUUUAUUACAACUGCCAAAUUCCUAUCUGAUUCAUUUCUUAUCUUUCCUAAAGCAUCUGUACAUGUAAUCAAGCUAGUUUAUUGCGAGAUUGGCUAAAAUAAUUACUUAAAGCAAAAUAAUGUCUUCAUAUUUAAUACUUUUUUUGCCAAUGCAUCACGCAAUGUUAAAUUUUACUGUUAGGCAGAUUUGUAAAUGGAUAAUGAGAUAGUUUUCACUUUUCUUCCAUAUUGUUGUACAUUAAAAACACCCCAAUGGCAAAUGUAGCAUAAUUGUGCAGAAAAAAAUGCAAGGAAUAGCUUAAACUAUCACCUGAAAUUGAGGGUUACCGUUGUCAUUCAUGAAAUAAUAUGAAUUUAGACAUACAGCACACGUUCAUGAAGCAAUUCAAUAUCAGGUUGAAGCCAGCCAUAAAAGCGUAGAAGUCAUAGUAAAUAUAAUCAUUAUCUUAGAUAGUUAUUGAAUAUGCUUCAAUAUAAUGUUGAUCAAUGAAAGAAAUAGUUGGUCCAAUUUGAACACACUUGCAGCAUGACUCUUAGACUGUGGCACUUUAGGUUUUGUUUAAGAAAAAAAAAUUAUUUCUCUAAUAUACUACCUGAAGCAAGAAAACAUUUGUGGGAGUUCUAUUCUGUGGGUGGGCAGGUUUUAUCUUUAUUAGGGAAAGAUUUGCAGUUUUAGGUGACUGAAACUUCUGCCAGAAGGUAAUUUUUGUGAUUUUCUGUUAAAGAAGCAGACGUUAACAAAUCAAAUAAGAAGGGAAGAACACUGUCAAACUUUAUUUCAUGGUAAGACAUUUCAUUUUGCACUCCCCCCCCCCUCUCCUCCCCAAGUUUUCUUGCAACAUUGUAUAAACUUCUCAGAUUCUAUUUUUUCUUUAGACCAUAAUUAAGUUUACUGGAAAUAGUGUUAUACACUAUUUGGAUCUACUCAAAAUCAGACACUUAUUGAUCAUCCGAUGUGAAGGUACCAUCUUUGCUCCUUGGUAUCAAUAUUGAAAAUAACUUAUUUUUCCAAACAUUUAUUAAAAAUUCACUAUGGGGAUAAACAUUUAUAGCUUCAUUGCUGACUAGUGUAAUUUUUUCCCAGCUUUUGAAUACACAUAGCAAUUAGGGAAAAAAGCAAGAAAAAUAAAUU